CUCUGGAAUGCAUUUUCAUGAAAAUGGAAAAUUGCAUUCACUUGCAGAAAAGUGCAUUUGCAUUUGGUCUGAAUAAAGUGGAUUUAGGAACCCGACAUUCCAUUCGAGAUUUUUUAUAUCAAGAGAAGUUUACUUGCUAAACGCAUGCUGUUAAUUUUUUUUUUAUUCCAAGGAAGAGGUUUUCUCAGACUUCAGAGGUCAUGUGGAAUCUUUCAACUAAAAUAAUUUGUAUUGUAAAACAGUGAAGUAAAAAAAUGGGUAAUACAAUAAGAAAAGUUUAUUUUAAUGCGACGAGGCCGAUUCGAAAUUUUAAUAUAGAACGACGAGCACAUAAAUUUAUUUCUAAGGAAAAACCAACUCCUGCACCUCAAUAUGAAUCGACAUUAAAGCAAAUUGAAGUAUCCAAACAAUAUGAUCCUGAUUUUAUGGAUAAACAAAAAUUAAAAGAUAAACAAUUGGAUAAAUAUUUAAAAGACAUUUAUGUAACUUCCAAAGAUCCAAUUAAAAAGUUGGAUUCAAGCAAUAAAGCAGAUCCAUUAAAAUCUUUGCCAAAGAAUAGAAAAACAUUUGAAUUCGAAGACAUGAAUUAUUAUUAUGCUACUAAUGUAAAAGAAGGGAAAUGUUCUUUACAACAAUUACAAAUUUUUCUCGCAGAUCAUGCGAAUGAUAAGAAAAAAUAUACUGCUGCUUAUAUUGCCGAUCAGUAUUUAUUAGAUAAAAAAAUUGUAGAAAAUGUUUUGAAACACUACAAUUUCUUUAAAAUAAAUUUAAAGAAAGAGAAAGACAGUAAACGACAAUUUGAUCCUUUCUUUACUAUCAGCGAUGAAACUGAUAAUAAAGAUGAAAAAAAAAAAUUAUCGUGAAUGUAUUAUAAAUUUUGUCAAAAAAAAAAAAAAAUUUCUUAUAUUUAUAGAUAAAUAAAAUAGUAUGAAAAUGAAAUUGAAUAAAUUUUGAAAUUUUA